CGCUCUGAGAGUUUGGCCACCGCUGGAGGGAGGUUCCUCCCCGCUGAGCGAGCAGAUUCUGUGCCUGGUGCCCUGGCCCGGAGGCAUCAUGGAGCUGCGGACGGAGCUCUUAAAGUCUAUUUGGUACGCCUUCACGGCCUUGGACGCGGAGAAAAGCGGCAAAGUCUCCAAAUCUCAGCUGAAAGUGCUUUCUCACAACCUGUAUACUGUGCUUUGUAUCCCUCAUGAUCCUGUAGCUUUGGAGGAGCAUUUCAAAGAUGAUGAUGAUGGUCCAGUAUCAAGUCAGGGAUAUAUGCCAUAUCUCAACAAAUACAUCUUGGACAAGGUAGCAGAAGGGGCUUUUGUCAAGGAGAGUUUUGAUGAACUUUGCUGGACAUUGACAGCAAAGAAGAAUUAUAAGCCAGAUAGGAAUGGGAACAGUGUUGUAUCCCAUGAAGAUGCUUUCAAGCUCUGGUGCCUCUUUAACUUCCUCUCUGAAGACAAAUACCCUCUUGUUAUGGUCCCAGAUGAGGUGGAAUACCUCUUGAAGAAGAUCUGUACAGCUAUGAGCAUUGAACUUAAUAGUGGGGAAUUAGAUGACUAUCUUUCCCAAGAGACCCAGCAACAGAACGGUUUGACAGUUUGGCAAUUUCUCGAUUUGGUAAAUUCAGGCAGAUUACUACGUGGAAUUGAGCAUGAGGCCAUUAGCAUGGCCAUUGAAGAGGUUUACCAGGAGAUCAUCGGAGAUGUGCUCAAACAGGGCUAUCUGUGGAAGAAAGGCCACCUAAGAAGGAACUGGUCUGAGCGAUGGUUUACCCUGAAGCCCAGUGAUCUCUCUUAUUAUGAGAGUGAAGAACGUAAAGAAAAGAAAGGGAGCAUUUAUUUGGACAGAAAUUCGUGCGUGGAGAUUUUGCCCGACAAAGAUGGGAAACGAUGCAUGUUCUGUGUGAAAACACCUUCGCGGACUUAUGAAAUGAGUGCCUCAGAUACCAGGCAAAGACAGGAGUGGACACUGGCCAUCCAGAUGGCAAUUCGUCUCCAAGCCGAAGGUAAGAAGUCUCUCCACAAGGACUUAAAGCAGAAGAGAAGGGAGCAGCGGGAGCAGCGAGAACGAAAGAAAGCUGCCAAGGAGGAGGAAAUGCAACGCCUGAAGCAGCUGCAGGAAGAAAAGGAGCGCAAGCUGCAGGAAUUGGAGCUGCUCAAAGAGGCUCAGAAGCAAGCAGAGCUUUUGCUCCAUGAAGAAGAGCAGCGGCGCCAGCAGCAACAUGAGGAGAUGCAGAAGAUGUUGGAAAUUCAGCUUCAGGAAGCAGAACAGGCUCGUGCCUCCAUGCAAGCAGAGAUGGUUCUGAAGGAGGCAGAGGCAGAACGCCAGCGCAAGCGCAUCGCAGAGCUGGAAGACAUGCAGCAACGACUCCAAGACGCCCUGCAGCAGGAGAUUAAAGCUCGUCAAGACGAAGAGGCCCUGAGAUAUGAACAGGCCAGAUUGCUGGCAGAGGAGGAGGAAAAACUGAAGCAGUUGAUGAAAUUGAAGGAAGAACAAGAAGAAUAUAUUAUCAAAGCCCAGCAUGAAAAGCUGGCUCUCAAGCAAGAGAUGAAAAGCAAGAGCAAGUUUCUGGAAGAAACCAAACUGCAGUUGGAAGAAGUCAGAUUUAAUAGGGAGAGGAUGGACCAAGAUGUCAUGAUAGCCCAGCAGAAGCUCCAGCAAGCCAGCACCAAUGUAAAGCACUGGAAUAUUCAGAUGAAUCGACUGAUGCACCCCAUUGCCCCAGGAGAAAAGCGUACUGUGGUGAGCCGAGGAUUCCCUGGUUUUAAUCCUGCAGUCCUGUCCAAGAGAGAGUCAUCUGUCAAAUUGAAGCAAAAUCUGGAAAAAAAGAAAUCUAAUGCUGUGAAGAGUGAGAGCGAGGAAAAUGUAAAUGGAGAGACAGAGAAGCAAAUGCCGAUGCCAGAAAAGGAUAAUCCAAGCUCAGAACCCUCUGAUUAGCCUCAGAAGAAAAACAAACCCACUUAAUUGAAAUUUAGUGACCAGAAAAUAAGCAUCAUGGCAGCUUAAUGACCAUUGUAGUCUAUAAAUACUGAACAUAUGUAAAGAUUGUAUAGAGAAGAAUUGUGAUGAUCUCUUCUGUUAAGCCACACAGCAUCCUGGCAGUUUGAUUUGUGUGCUAGAGUUGCCCCUGAAGUUUUAUACAUAUACAUAUAAAUAUUGCUACCUGAUCGAAACUGCAGAAGUAUGAUUUAAGUAUGGGGUUACAGUUCUCCCCAUGGCACACUCUUAUUUGGUCUCAGCAGAUGAAGAAGAGUUCUGGUCACGCUGUAUCAUACUAUGGUAUUAAAAUUUCUAACAGUUGGUCGUGGUAACCCCUGCUGUAAUAUGCCAAGAAUUCUGUCAUUCUCUCUAAAAAAAAUUAAUUGUAAAAUAUACUGUCUGAACAAUUGAAAUGUGUUAUAAAAAUUGAGUCCUUUUCUUUUUGGCUGUAUUAUUAGUUAAUUGUGUCAUUCAACUAACCUUGUAUUAGUCAGCAAAUGAAAGGAAAUAACCAGAGUUUAUGUAACGAUUUCUGAAAAUGUUACGUUCCUAAUGUUUCUGAGACAAAUCAGUAUCUAAUAGAAAAGAUUACAAAGAUAGAAA